AUGGCAAAGAAAGCUAUUAAGCAAACUAAAGACGAGUCAAGAUCUUCCUCAAGAAGACAAUCACAUGAUGCUAAUGAGGAGAAAAACAGAAGACAACAAAAAGAAUCAGUCAAAGAAAAGGCUGCCCCAUACAAGCAAGAGUUCGUUAAAGCAACUAAAAAGGAGGAGGAGAAGAAGGCCGUCAGCAAGAAGAAGGUCGAAUCUUCAUCAGAUGAUUCUUCAUCAGAUGAUAGCGAAGAUGACAAGAAGAAGGUCCAAGCCAAGAAACAAGUCGGUGACAAGAGAGGAAGAGCUUAAUCAAAUGUUAGCACUAACAGCAAGACUAACAAGACUGUUAAGUAGGACGAGAAGACCAAGCCAGUUGCCAAGAAAGCUCCAGUUUCCAGUGAUGACUCAUCCGAUGAUUCCUCAGAGGAAGACACUAAAAAGAAAGCUCCAGUUGCCAAAGCCGUCCCAGUAAAGAAGGUUCCAGCAAAGAAACAAGAAUCAAGUGAUGAUUCAGAUUCAUCAUCAGAUGAUGAGCCAAAGAAGAAGGCUCCAGCUGCCAAGGCUGUUCCAGUCAAGAAAGCCGCUGCAAAGAAAGAGUCAAGCGAUGAUGAUAGCGAUUCAUCAGAUGAAGAGCCAAAGAAGAAGGCUCCAGUUGCCAAGGCUGCUCCAGUCAAGAAAGCAGCUGCAAAGAAAGAUUCAAGCGAUGACAGCGACAGUGACAGUGAUGUCGAGGUUUUGAAGAAACCAGCUGCUAAAGCACCAGCAAAGAAAGCAGCUAAGAAAGACUCAUCAAGUGAGGAAGAUAGCGAUGCAGACAGUGAAGAAGAAAAGCCAAAGAGAAAGCAAUCAAAUGUCUCAAACGGAAAGAAGAACACCAAGAAAGACGAGAGUGAAGAAGAAACAAACGGAUUCGAAGAGGUCAAAGGAGGAGAAGACGAUGACAAGAAAGAGCUUUUCGUAGGUAAUUUAUCUUUCCAAACUACCGAAGAUAGCUUGGGUCAAGCCUUCGGUGAAUAUGGUACCGUUACCAAUGUCAAGUUGCCCCAAAACAAUGGCUAACCUAAGGGUUUUGCCUUUGUUGAGUUCGCUACCCAUAAAGAAGCUCAAGCUGCCCUUGAUGCUUAUAACGGUUAGGACUUUGAGGGAAGAGCCUUGAGAAUUAAUUUCUCAGGCGGCAAACCUGGUGGUCCAGGUGGCAAUUAAGGUGGUUUCCAAUAGAGAAGUUUUGGUGCACCCAGUGGAGGAGACGGCCAAUCCUCUACCUUAUUUGUCGGUAACAUUAGUUUCCACACAACUCAACAAAGCCUUGAAAAGCAUUUCUAAAGUUGCGGACCAAUUAAGGCCGUAAGAAUUGCUAUGGGAGACGAUGGAAGAGCUAAAGGCUUUGCCCAUGUUGAGUUUGAGUCCCCAGAAUCUGCCCAAAAGGCUCUCCAAAUGAAUGGAAAGCCAUGUGAUGAUAGAGAGUUGAGAUUAGAUUUAUCAACUGGCUCUAGUCGUGGCGGCGAUAGAGGUGGAAGAGGCGGCGGUGGCUUCAGAGGAGGUCGCGGCGGCUUCGGUGGCGAUAGAGGUGGCUUCAGAGGAGGUCGCGGAGGCUUCGGCGAUAGAGGCGGUUUCAGAGGUGGCCGUGGAGGUGAUAGAGGUGGAUUCAAUCCCAACAGAGGAUUCAUCGUUCCAUCAUAAAACAGAUCAGUCAGACUUUGA